AUGAAUUUGGCCUGGGCUUAUUUGUUCUUUGCUGCCAUCUUGUGGUCAAUGCCGAACACGACAACAACACUAGCGGUAACCAGUUCAACAGAGCUACUUCACCUCAAUGAAGUUUCCAUUGAGGCUGCGCUGAACGUAAACAAGAACAGAAGCGACAUCAGCGCACCUCGAACCCGACGGAAACGCCAUUUCUCCAGCAUAGAUAUGACGGCUUUACUGGAUUAUCACAACCGCGUGCGCUCACAGGUCUUCCCACCUGCAGCCAAUAUGGAAUACAUGGUGUGGGAUGAGAGACUGGCUAAAUCUGCAGAGUCUUGGGCUUCACAGUGCAUGUGGGAUCAUGGACCACCUCAUAUUAUGCGGCACACAGGACAGAACUUGUCCAUCAUCUCUGGAAGAUACAUAUCAAUCACUGACCUGGUAAGAUCCUGGUACGAUGAAAGACACUCUUUCUCCUUCCCCAAUAGAUGCAGUGGAUCUGUCUGUUCACACUAUACUCAGAUGGUGUGGGCCAGCAGCAAUAAGAUUGGGUGUGCUAUCAACAGGUGUUCAAACAUAUAUGUGUUUGGGAGCAUAUGGAAACAAGCCACCUUAUUGGUUUGCAACUAUUCUAUCAAAGGUAACUGGGUAGGAGAGGCUCCAUAUAAGUCAGGAAAACCAUGCUCUUCAUGUCCUUCAAGUUACGGAAGUUUAUGCAAUAAAAACCAGUGUGACUUCAGAUCAAAAUCUAGAAAAAAUGUAAAUGGUUUCAAAGGCUUGUAAAAUGUUCACACUCUGCAGGAAACAUGAAUGCUUAGUUCCCCCAUUAUUAUAAAUCAAUGAAUUUGAAAGAAAAAUAUUUUAAAAAAUUAGCCAAUUGAACGCAUUUCACUUUAUGCUGUAAGGUGUAUGCGGUCUUUAUUAAAAAUGUUUUAUAUAAUAGAAAACCACUCAAACAUACAUUCAUGAUGUGUUUCUUCAAGAAGUAUAUUACUCAGUGGAUGUCUUAAAACAGCACUGAACAGCACUGAACUGCUGUGAAAUGUGCAGUUAAUCAAAAAUUGGUCCAUUCAUCACUAACUGAAAAAUUAAGUCAACUGUUCUUGCAUCAAACUUUAUUUCUGACAUUUUUUUUUACUUUUAUUUUAUUUUUAUAUCUUCUUUGAUUUGUUUUCAUGUUCAAUGUCUUUUCCAAGGCCAUGCACUGUUAUACCUAUAUUUUUUGUACUAAGUUGAAUCGCAGUGACA